AUGUAAUACGUUCCUUUGACAACACAUCUUAAUGCUUUGGCUCAAUUAUAUUUGCAAUGUGCUAGUUUAUCUGAAAGAUGUGAUAAGUUAGCAAGAGGAGAGGAAAUAAUCAAUGAAGAUAAGUAAAUCCAGAAUCAUAAAGAUCAAGGGACAAUAGAAAUUGAUUGUGGUCCAGCAGUACUGUAAACUUAGGAGGGUAAUAAAUAGAGACAUAUAGAAUCAAGAUCAAAUACACCUAUUGAGAUAAAGUAAUUUCAUAAUGAUAAGAUAGCAUAGUUGAUGAAGAAGAGGAGGAGAUUGAAAGAAAAAAUGAUAAUCCAAUAUCUAAUUAAACAAAAAAGAUAAAAAGAGCUUAAAUUUAAUAAGAGACUAAACAAUAAUAGAUAUAGUGUUCCUAAUGUAAAUAACUAUUUAAGAAUCAUAAAUAAAUGAAGAAGCAUUUUGAUAGAGCUCAUAAUACUAAAUCUGUAAAGAAAGUUAAUAAGAAAUUAUAACAAGAAUUCAUGGUUUAACUUUGA